AUGAGGCUAAGGCCAUUGACGGCCUCUCUGGACACCCGGUUUGCGACCCGAUCUCUUCACAUGACUGGUGUGCUUCGUCAGUUCAACAACUUUGACCCAUCCGACGAGCUGCAACCUCGAAUCAAGAAGGUGAUUGAUCCUGACAAUCAAACUGCCGGUCCUUUCAACAACAAGCUCUUUAAGAUCGCCGACGAACCUUUGUACUCGGCACCGGCUACGUUCCAAGUUGCUCUGGCAAAAAAAUCGGCCUUUACGCUCGGUUUGAUUGGAACUUACGCCUCCUAUCUCUUCUUCCACUACCCUCUGCUGCCAGAUCUCGGAGGCUACCUUGCGCUGGGUCUGUGGAUUCCAUUUCCUCUGGCGACCCACUAUCUAUCGCCAUACGUGGCAAAGAUCUCGCGAAUCUACCGACGAGGAGAGCCCGAGACUCUGGAGAACAUGACCAAGGACGAGACUGUGCUGAUUGAGACCAUCUCGCUGAUUGGCCGAAAACCCAUGUGCUGGAUCAUCCAUCUCAAAGACCUCAAGGUGGUGAACAAGCGAGGCGGCUGGGCCAACUGGGAGUACACCAAUCCCAAAACCGGUGACCAGCAUGUCUUCUACGUGUCGGAGAGUAAUGGAGGGUUCAAGAUGGACAGAAUCUGGGGCAUUACCGAGAGAAAUGCCGGUAUUGACAGUGGACGAUAG